GAUCGAUGGCUGUAGCGAGAGUCAAGGAGCUCAGUCGCACAAAAUUUGUUUGUAAGGCUUCAUGAUUCUUGGAGUUCUUGUCUAUGGAGACACUUUUCCAGCAUUUCCCAACAGAAUAUCACAGCUUCGCAACAACUACUACGAUAUUAGGACCCCAAUUGAGUGAACUGGAGCGGUUUUAGCCGAUAUUUAAUCAAGAAAGUGAAAGUUUUUUAAUAUUGAUUACCGUCUUUCUUCGCGCCUUCCGUUCGGUUCAAUUCGGUUCUGUUCCCGAUGAAGAAGUGGUAGCCGUAAUAGAGUAUUAUCAUGGCUUUCUCUGUCUAGUAAGACAUGUUUUCGAUUGAUAUGGACACUGACAGUGGGGGGAAACUUCCACAGAGCUCACAGGCUUCGGCUAAUGACUCUGGGACUAAGUUUACAAUCCCUGGAAUUUUACAUUUUAUCCAGCAUGAGUGGGCUCGAUUCGAAAUGGAGAGAGCUCACUGGGAAGUUGAGCGGGCAGAGCUUCAGGCUAGAAUUGCAUUUCUACAAGGAGAGAGAAAAGGACAAGAAAAUCUCAAACAUGAUUUAAUACGAAGAAUAAAGAUGUUAGAAUAUGCUUUAAAACAGGAAAGGGCAAAAUAUCACAGACUGAAAUAUGGAACUGAUAUGGGCAGCCCAGAAAAAAUAUCAAAAGACCAAGAUCAAGAAGCACAACCCCAAAACGAUGUAAUAACAAGCAAUAAUGCUAGUGGAAAAUCUAGUGUGAGCUGGAGACAGGGGCGGCAGUUACUCAGACAAUAUUUACAAGAGGUUGGAUACACUGAUACUAUCUUAGAUGUACGCUCGUCGCGAGUAAGAUCUAUUCUGGGACUAUCAGCAGUUGCGCCAGAGAUUCCACCUGCACAAAUGAAUGGAACUUCGCCACGAAAACCUGACGAUGGCCCAGAAUUUCAAAAUGAGAUGCAUCAACAUUCAGAGCCUGUCAAAGUACGACAGCAGAUUCAAGGYGGAAAUGAGAUUGUAAACCCUACUCCUGUUAGGAGUACCCCUACCCAACCACCAGGAACUCAACAGGGCAAAAAAGUUACAAAUGAGGACAUUGAUUCAGAGGCCUCAGUUAUGGCCAAUUUUGAUUUUCUUCAAAAUGACAUUGAGGGAGAAGAUGAAGAUGAUAUGGAUGAUGGGGGAAGUGCUGAUGAUGAAUCAGAUGAAAGAGAAGAGUAUUGCAAUGAAAGAAGGCUUAUCAAGAAACCUAAAACAGAUGAAGUAGAAGAUAUGAUGGGCAUUGAUGAUAAUGUUGCUGAUGAUGCCCAAGWUGAAUUUGAAUUUGUUCGAGGAGAUUCAGACAGCGAUACCACUGUAAUUGAAGUAGAAGGAAUAUCAAAUGACAUCAAUGAAAUCAAUAUCCAUAUGCCUGAUGAAAAUGAAGUCCAGGAACACUUAAAGCAUGAAGGCACUACAGAGGAAUGGGGAGUAGACCAAAACUUGCUGGCCAAGUUGAAACAGUACAAGACUGAAAAAGAAAAGGAAAAAGAAAAAAAGACCAAAAUAAGCCAAAAAAGACCACCAAAAUUAGCUCUUCAGGCAAUGCUUGCUAAUUUAAGUGGAGAAGAAGAGAUGCCAUCUUCGCCAUCCUCAUCACAAGCACYGACAGGUCCUUCUCCUAUCAGGCUAAGUGGCUCCCGAUCUAUUUCCGAGGUUCCUCCUCCCAUCGGCAGUGUGUCUGUACCAGGCAAAGGGUCCCCAAGCAAAAGCCAAGGGACUGUUCAGUCUCCUCCGGCUGAGGAACCUUUUGAAAAACCUCUAGGUCUUGGUGAGCUGGCUGAUUUGACUGUAGCUAACGAGGCUGAGCCGCUCUCUUACGAGAUCAGUAAUAAAGAAGAAUUCAGGAAAACUUGGAAUCCUAAGUUUACACUGCGAAGUCACUUUGAUUCUAUAAGAUCAGUCCACUUCCAUCCUCAAGAACCAGCUCUCAUUACUGCAUCUGAAGACCACACAAUGAAAUURUGGAACCUACAGAAAACAGUACCACAGAAAAAGAGUAAUGUACUAGAUGUGGAACCGAUAUACACAUUCCGUGGGCACACUGAUGCAGUGCUUUCAGUUGUCAUCAGUUCUACCAGUGACAUGUGUUUUAGUGGGGGUGCAGAUUCAGCAAUAUAUUGUUGGACUAUUCCAUCCCUGGAUCUUGACCCUUAUGGUCCAUACAGUGCAAAUGUCAAAGGUAAUCUACUAGAAGGGCAUACUGAUGCUGUCUGGGGUUUAGCCGUACAGACCAAUUCCCUUCAGCUUCUUUCCUGUUCCUCUGAUGGCACCUGUAAACUUUGGAAUCCAACACUCAAGUCUCCAUUGCUCAACACAUUUGUAUUUGAUAAAGAAAAUGGCGGAAUUCCAACAUCAAUAGACUUUCUUCGCAUGGAAUCAUCACAGAUGGUUGCAUCCUAUUCAAAUGCAAGUUGCACAAUCUUUGAUUUAGAAACAGCAACUCCUGUGGUUAACUUAGACAGUACCAAAACUUAUACUACCCCAGGAGCCUCUCAGAUCAACAAAGUAGURAGUCAUCCUACAUUACCAGUCACCAUUACUGCCCAUGAAGAUAGACACAUCAGAUUUUUUGAUAAUAAUACAGGUAAACAAAUCCACUCCAUGGUAGCUCAUUUGGAUUCAGUCACUAGUUUAGCAGUWGAUCCAAAUGGACUCUAUCUUCUAUCAGGAAGUCACGAUUGUUCAAUAAGACUUUGGAAUCUGGACACCAAGACUUGCGUCCAGGAAAUCACAUCCCACAGGAAAAARUUUGACGAGAGUAUAUAUGACGUGGCAUUCCAUCCAGCUAAGCCCUAUAUAGCUAGUGCUGGUGCUGAUGGUCUCGCUAAGGUGUUUGUGUAACCAUGACUACUGUGCUGCCAUGGUCGCCAUUGUCAACAUGGCAACAAAGACAAAUYUCAAAGCUCUCUGGCCAGGAAUAAAAAUGACAGUGUUUUGGUGCCCAAAUGCCGGACAGUAGCCAGUUUUUAACUUUGUAAUGCUUCAGCAGAGAUGAAGAUCCAAAAUUUGGUUGUACAAAGGAAUGUACAGGAAACCUCUUGUUAUGGAGCAUUUUUUUGCAAUAAAGUGUUUGGAUGUUUCAAGAAAGCAACACUUGACCCAUUGUCGUCGAACAUUUAAGCUAUAAAUUUUUUCUCAGACAUUCUCUAGAUUACAAUAUUACACAGUAARGACCAGUCUCGGCCUUGCACCAAUGAGGUUAUGUAUUUUUGUUGCAUAUAUACAAAAGGCUUAUAUUGUUGUUUAAGAACUUUUGAAAUGGGUCGUGCACUGARGCAUUUGAAGGCAUAAUGGAGUCACUAUUUUCAAAAGAAUUAUUGAAUAGAGAGAAGAAUAUUCAAGGUUAAUGACACGUGCACUCUCAUCAGUAGUUAAAAUAACAAGUUUUUACAAUUCUGUACAUGACUAUAGUAGGAUUAAAUAUUGCUUUCCAACUCCUUUAAUUCUUUAUAAUCUAAUUAAUAAUAGUAUUGUGUGAAAAAAGUAAGUCUGAUGAUUGGCUGACUCAAUAAACAGAAGCUUUAUCAUUUGAAA